AUCCUGCUCUCCGAGGUUUGGGUGUGGGCAAGCGGCUCAGGCCAGGGCACCAGCUCUCCCCUCCAACUGAACGCCCGAGGCGGCUCGUUCACGGAAGCGGGACAUCCAGUGUCGAGACACUUCCAUCCAGAGCCGGAAGCGCCCUUCCUGACAGCGCGCAGGGCCCCCGGGGAGGAGUCGGGUGGCACCCGGAGCUGCGUUCCACGUUCCUUCCGGUCCCUGGGGCCCGCGGUCGGGGCGGACUGGACUGAGGCGAGCGCCGCGGCCCGGGAGCCGGGUCUUUCAGGGCUGCGUCCGCAGGCCGGGUCUCUGUUGAGGCGAGCGUUCGUCAUCACGUGGAGAGCCCCGUACCGGUGUGGAGGACGCCCCAAGAGUAGGUCUCAUAUUUUGGAUUCUGACUAUCUUAUGAUGAGUGACAUUUUGCCAUUAGCUGUCAUUGGUAGAAGAGUUGAAGUCAGUGGAGAAUGUGCAACAGUGCGUUUCUGUGGUGGUGUUCCUCCUGUGGCAGGACUCUGGUUAGGAGUCGAAUGGGACAACCCUGAGAGAGGAAAGCAUGACGGGAGCCAUGAAGGGACAGUGUAUUUCAAAUGCCGGCACCCAACUGGAGGCUCCUUUGUUCGUCCAAACAAGGUAAAUUUUGGAGUGGACUUUGUUACUGCACUUAAGAAGCGUUAUGCUCUGGAAGAGGAAGCAGAUGAGGAUGGGAAAGCGUGCUCUUUAAAAGUUGGAUGUAAACAAGUACAAACUGUUGGUUUUGAGCAUAUUACGAAGAAGCAGAGUCAGCUGAGAGCCUUGAAAGACAUUUCCUUGAGCAAAUGUGCAGUAAGUUGUGCUGGUGAGAAAGGAGGAAUUGCUGAAGCCUGCCCCAAUAUUAGAGUUGUAGAUUUGUCAAAAAACCUGCUAUCAUCAUGGGAUGAAGUGAUCCUCAUUGCAGAUGAGCUCAGAGACUUGGAGACCCUCUCUCUCAGUGAAAACAAACUGCAGUUCCCCUUGGACUCAUUGACUCCACCUGGAACAUUUUCUACACUGAAGAUUUUAGUCCUGGACAAAACAGGAAUAACGUGGGCUGAGGUGCUCCACUGUGCCUCUGGGUGGCCAGUCCUUGAGGAGCUCUACCUCCGGUCUAACAGUAUCUCCAUUUCAGAGAGGCCAACUGAUGUUCUGCAGAUGGUCAGGUUACUAGACCUUUCCUCCAACCCAUCAAUUGCCGAAAACCAGCUGUAUCUGAUAGCUUAUCUGCCCAGACUAGAGCAGCUAAUCCUCUCUGAUGUUGGACUUUCUUCUAUGCAUUUUCCGGAUGCUAAGACUGGGUGCAAAACAUCAAUGUUCCCGUCCUUGCAGUACCUCAUAGUGAAUGAUAACCGGAUAUCAGAUUGGUCCUUUAUCAACGAGUUAGACAAGUUACAGAGCCUGCAGGCUCUGUCUUGCUCCAGAAACCCCCUGACCGAAGGAGACAAAGCAGAGACCACUCGGCAGAUCAUCAUUGCCAAGAUAAGUCAGCUGAAGACUCUGAAUAGGUGUCAGAUUCUUCCAGAGGAACGGUAUGGAGCUGAGCUUGAUUACCGAAAAACAUUUGGAAAUGAGUGGAAGGCGGCCGGUGGACAUCAGGAUCCAGACAAAAACAGGCCAAGUGCAGAGUUUCUCGCAGCCCAUCCUAGAUACCAGCUCCUCUGCCGCAAAUAUGGUGCACCUGAAGAUGAGGAACUUGAAGUGCCGCAGCCAUUCAUGCUAAAAAAUCAGCUACUAACACUGAAGAUAAAAUACUCCAACCAGCUUGAGCAGAAAGAAUUAGAGAAGCAGCUGCCAGAUUCCAUGACAGUUCAAAAGGUGAAGGGAUUGCUGUCACGUCUUCUCAAAGUUCCUGUGUCAGAACUUCUGUUGUCCUAUGAAAGCCCCAAGAUGCCGGGCAGAGAAAUUGAACUAGAAAAUGACCUACAGUCCUUACAGUUUUAUUCUGUGGAAAAUGGAGAUUGUCUACUAGUGCGAUGGUAACAACCCAACUGAUAACAUUUAGGACUAGACUGCUUAUCAUGACUGGGAUUACCAGAAACAAGUGAUUUACUGGGACAGUGCUAAUGUUUGAGGCUUUACAACUUGCCCUAACAAAAGAUAUAUGUUUUGUUGGGAAGAAAAAAUUUCUAGGUUGUAUACUGAUAGCUUUAAUAAAGGUUUUGAUUACUAGUGA